CUCUGCUUUUGUCGCGCAGUUUGACAAAGUGGAUGUCGAUCAUAAAAUCUUUCCUUAAGAAAUUCAAGGCUGUUGAUGAGCCUAAGAAGAAGCCAUUUUCAGACGGGAUUGAAAGAAACGUCAAUCCAACUGAUAUAUGGGAAAUUAUCUCAGAGCUUGGAGAUGGCGCAUUUGGGAAGGUGUAUAAGACUCGCAAACGUGAUAACGAGUUAUGUGCCGCCUUAAAGAGGGUGGAGUUUGACUCUGAAGAUGAGCUUGAGGAUUUUAUGGUUGAGAUAGACAUUCUAACCAACUUCAAACAUAAAAAUAUCCUUUCACUACACGAAGUUUACAUAUACGAUAACAAGUUAUGGAUGUAUCUGGAACUUUGUGGUGGUGGUGCUUUGGAUUCGCUUAUGGAAAAACUUGAAAAACCUUUGACAGAGCCACAAAUAAGAUUUAUUUCUCAUGAGGUCCUCGAGGGUCUUGGGUUUUUGCACGAGAACUUAAUCAUUCACAGAGAUAUGAAGGCUGGGAACAUUUUGCUAACAGUUAAUUACGAGGUCAAACUCGCUGAUUUUGGAGUCUCAGCAAAAUUGGCAGACGAAAGACAAAGGCGAUCAACAUUUAUUGGAACUCCUUACUGGAUGGCUCCGGAGGUUAUCACUUGUGAGACUUUCAAGGAUGCCCCUUACAACUGGAAAGCUGACAUUUGGUCUUUUGGCAUAACUUUAAUCGAAUUGGCUCAAAUGAGACCACCGCAUAAUUCAAUUAAUCCAACACGUGUCCUUUUGAAAAUUUCCAAAUCAGAUCCACCUGUAUUAUCUAAACCACAUUUAUGGUCUCCAAAAUUCAAUAAAUUCUUGUCACGUAUUCUUCAAAAGGAUCCAAAUCAAAGACCAGAAUGUAAAGAUCUCUUAUUAGAUCCAUUUGUAUCUGAUGUAAAGGAGAGUGAUCGUAAGGUGAUUCAAAUAUUGUUAUGUGAAGCCAAUGCAGAUAUUAUAGAGACUGUUGAAGAUCUUGAUCCAAAUGAACCUAUCGAUGAAAUUGAUGACAAUGAGAUAGGUGCACUUAUACUACCAGAUUCAACAAAACUAUCUAUCCCUGUUGAAGAGGAAUAUGAAGAAGAUGAAGAGAAUAAUAGUAAUAAUACUACUAAUAAUAAUACUAAUAGUAGUACAGAUGAUCAGUCGUCAUCAUCUAGUAAAGAUGUGAAACAUGGCAGCACUGGCACUGGUGGUGGUGACAGUGGUGUCGGUCUUAGUCGGGCGAAUUCAGAUGAUCGACAUGAAACUGAAACUCCGUCAAAGGUCACUUCAUCAGAUGGGACGGUGGCAUUGAAGAAUGAGGUUAUGCAUGAAGUAGUCAAUCAGCUGAUUACAGACGUGAUCACAUCUGAUACUCAAGCACCGUCAAUAUCAUCUUGUGUCUAUGAAAUUAUGCAAGAAUAUAGUUCAAGUAUGGAGAAGACACCGAAUAGUACUUCUGAACGUAGUACUACUGAUAAUGAGCGUGUUAUCGAUACAGCCAAUGGUGUUCGUAAAGAAGUUAUACCUCCUAAGAAGGAGUUAACAUCGUCAGAUACUACGAAUAAUAAACCUGUUGUUAAUAAUCAAGCGUUAUCGAACCCUUCCUCUUCUACGUCUUCUUCUUCAAGUGGUCACUCCAAUAAUAGUAAUAAUGUCAAUAUGGUUACAUCACCGUUGAAACGUCAAAAUAGUGCCUAUCGGACAAGAACAAGAACUCGUCGAUUUGUUAUAGAUGGUCAAGUAGUCACUACAACCUCUAAGCAUAUUGUUAACACGAAUUCAGAAGAAAGAAGAUUUCAUGAAGAUGAACAGGUUAAGCGUAAAGCUGUUCUACGUGCAUUCAGGAUAUUAGCAAAGCAAGAAGCACAUCAAACACGUGAGCUAAAUGAACGUGCACAACAACAAAUGGAAAUAUUAGAAAGUAAAAUGAAUGCAGAAUAUUCAGCCUUGACCAAAUCAUAUGAUCAGAAAAUGGAAGUUGUUAUACGCAAUUGUAAACUACAAAUGGAACGGUUAGAUAAAGAAUUCGAAUUGGAAAUGAAACGUAUUCGAUCAGAAACAUCCAAAGAAGAGCGGACAUUUAAAGAUCGUUUAAAAAGUGAAAUUGACACGUAUGAUCGUGCAAUGCGUAAAGCUGCUAAACGUGAAUUAAAUAAACUUGAUCAGGAUACUGUAAAAUCGAAUUCAUCAUUAGCAUCAUUAAAUUCAAAUCAGUCGACUAACUCUCUGGUUUGUCAACGUUUAACUUUAUUCCGUGAAGAUCAAGCCUCUCGUGUCAAUAGUCGUAUUUAUGAAUUACACAGUGAAUAUAAUCGACGUCGAAGUGUACUGCGCAAUGAAAAUCUUAGUGAAACGCAUACACUACGAUUGAAUUUUGAAGAAGACAAAUGGAAAUUGGAACAACGUUAUUUAUGCAUGAAACACCAGUUGGAUAGAAAUCGUCUAUUGGAUUUAUUUAUGAUUAAACGAGAACAAUUAACUGGUCGAUCAGAACUUGAAUUGACUGAAUUAAAACAGACAAUCAACAUGGAACGCAGUAAACUACAGACUAUACAUUCUAUAGAGAGGAAAAACUUUACCAAAUCUAUGAAGGCAUUAAAUAAACGCAGUAUUUUAACGUUACAACGGCAAUCUCGGAUCACUGCACAACAGAUGGAUGAAAAUCAAAAGCGUAUGAAUCAAGAAUUGGCACAGCUAGAGGCUAAACAAAAAGCUCAAUGUGAAGCAUUGGAACAAAGUAUUCACUAUCGAUUAAAAGAAUUAGAACAAAGUGUUAUUGAAAAACGUAAUGCUUUAAUUGAUCAAGAGACAAUACGAUUACAAGAAUUAGAUAUUAAACAUCAAAAUGAAUUACGUAUAUACACGGAAUCAUUACCUCGUACUAAGACUGUAUUAAAAGAACAAUUUGCUCAAGAGUUUAAAGAAGAUUCACUGAAGACAAAUGGUGGCGGUGGUAACAGUUACUCCUCCUCCUCCUACUCCUUAUACGGCAGUCCAAAAUCUAGGCAUAAACAUUCCAUUCCCAGACCAAUAACCAGUCUGGCAAAUGUGCGUUGGGGUACACUGUCCAAUUCCAGUAACAACACAACACCAGAAUCACGUCCCAGUCGCAUCAUUACUUUAUUCUCUCAAGAAGUCAAUAAUAGUACGAAUUCUUUGAGAACUCGAGACACUAAAUAAAUAAAUGAUGAUAAAAGUUGGAAGGUGGUGCUUGCGCUACAGAUCAACGCGCUCUUCAUUUUUCUUUUUUUAUUCUUUUUUAAAAAAACGCCUAUGGUUGUGAUUAUCCUACCUUUUUACAAACACCCACCCACCCACAGACAGUGCCUAUCUUUUGUUUUCUUUAUUAUUUUAAGUGAGAUGAAUACGCGUCAAAUGUGACAAAAGACAACUCAUAAUUAUUGGGUGUUUUUUUUUGUUUUUCAUUCCUACUGUGUAUGUAUACCGGCUUUUUCUAUCUCUCGCUCUCUUCAAUCGUUGAGAUAAUCCCUAAUCGUCUUCCUUAUGAUUGUG